CAACUCUGAGAAAUGACAUGGAGAAGUACGAGCGGAUCCGAGUGGUGGGGAGAGGCGCCUUCGGGAUUGUGCACCUGUGCUUGCGCAAGGCUGAUCAGAAGCUGGUGAUUAUCAAGCAGAUCCCUGUGGACCAGAUGACCAAGGAGGAGCGGCAGGCGGCCCAGAACGAGUGCCAGGUGCUCAAGCUGCUCAACCACCCUAAUGUCAUUGAAUACUACGAGAACUUCCUGGAGGACAAGGCCCUCAUGAUCGCCAUGGAGUAUGCACCAGGUGGCACGCUGGCAGAGUUCAUCCAGAAGCGCUGCAACUCCCUGCUGGAGGAGGAGACCAUCCUGCACUUCUUCGUGCAGAUCCUGCUGGCACUGCACCACGUGCACACCCACCUCAUCCUGCACCGGGACCUCAAGACCCAGAACAUCCUGCUGGACAAGCACCGCAUGGUGGUGAAGAUCGGUGACUUCGGCAUCUCUAAGAUCCUCAGCAGCAAAAGCAAGGCCUACACGGUGGUGGGCACGCCGUGUUACAUCUCCCCUGAGCUGUGUGAAGGCAAGCCCUACAACCAGAAGAGUGACAUCUGGGCUCUGGGUUGUGUGCUCUAUGAGCUGGCCAGCCUCAAGAGGGCCUUCGAGGCCGCCAACCUGCCAGCAUUGGUGCUGAAGAUCAUGAGUGGCACCUUUGCACCCAUCUCGGACCGGUACAGCCCUGAGCUACGCCAGCUCGUACUCAGUCUGCUCAGCCUGGAGCCUGCCCAGCGGCCGCCACUCAGCCACAUCAUGGCACAGCCCCUCUGCAUGCGAGCCCUCCUCAACCUGCACACUGACCUGGGCAGUGUCCGCAUGCGCAGGGCAGAGAAGUCCCUGGCCACCCGCCCACCAGUGGUGAGCAGGAGCAGCAGCGCCCGCUGCAGGGGCGUCCCUCGGGGACCCGGGAGGCCAGCCAUUCCGCCGCCACUGUCGUCCGUGUAUGCCUGGGGCGGCGGCCUCAGCGCCCCCCUGCGACUGCCAAUGCUCAACACCGAAGUGGUCCAAGUGGCCGCGGGGCGCACGCAGAAGGCGGGGGUCACUCGCUCCGGGCGUCUCAUCCUGUGGGAGGCCCCGCCCCUGGGCGCUGGUGGAGGCGCCCUGCUCCCCGGGGCUGUGGAGCAGCCGCAAGCACAGUUCGUGUCACGUUUCCUGGAAGGCCAGUCAGGCGUGACCAUCAAGCACGUGGCAUGCGGGGACCUCUUUACAGCCUGCCUGACCGACCGUGGCAUCAUCAUGACCUUUGGCAGUGGCAGUAAUGGGUGCCUGGGCCACGGCAGCCUGACCGACAUCAGCCAGCCCACCAUUGUGGAAGCUCUGCUGGGCUACGAGAUGGUACAAGUGGCUUGUGGGGCCUCUCACGUGCUGGCCCUGUCCACUGAGCGAGAGUUGUUUGCCUGGGGUCGUGGACAUGGUGGCAGGCUGGGACUGGGGACCAGGGACUCCCACAACUGCCCCCAGCAGGUCCCCAUGCCCCCAGGGCAGGAUGCCCAGCGGAUUGUAUGUGGCAUUGACUCUUCCAUGGUGCUCACUGUGGCUGGCCUAGCGCUGGCCUGUGGGAGCAACAGGUUCAAUAAGCUGGGCCUGGACCGUGCUUCCCUGGGGGAGGAGCCUGCUCCCCACCAGCAAGUGGAGGAGGCCCUGAGCUUCACGCCUCUGGGCUCUGCACCCCUGGACCAGGAGCCCCUGCUGAGUGUGGACCUGGGCACUGCUCACUCAGCUGCUGUGACUGCUUCUGGAGAUUGCUACACUUUCGGCAGUAAUCAGCACGGGCAGUUGGGCACCAGUGCUCGCCAAGGCAGCCGAACACCCUGUCAGGUCCAAGGCCUCGAGGGCGUCAAGAUGGCGAUGGUGGCCUGUGGGGAUGCUUUCACUGUAGCCAUCGGGGCAGAGGGGGAAGUGUAUUCUUGGGGCAAGGGGGCCCGAGGCCGCCUGGGAAGGCAGCCUGAGGAUGCUGGUCUCCCUCGGCUGGUGCAGCUGGAUGAGACACACCCUUACACCGUGACAUCGGUGUCCUGCUGCCACGGAAACACGCUCCUGGCUGUUCGGCCCAUCACAGAUGAGCCAGCCCCCACCUGAGGCCCCCUGGACCCAUCUCUGGAGCACCCACCCUGCUAUGGCUUCUCUGUAAGCAUCCUACCAAGUGCACACCGCUGAAUGCCAAGAGAGGGGAGGAAGGGCCUGCGAAGCCCCACCCCACUUCUGGCUUUGAGUACAGAAGCUCCAACCCAGGACCUGCAUUGUGGCCACAGCAGGUUAAGCCAUGUGGACUCAGGUUCAAGCCUGGCUGCUCCUCUUCCAAUCCAGCUCCCCGUUAAUGC